AUGGAGAAAAAAAGCCACAGCCCCGGGGAAAUUGUGAUUUUUCGCACACAAGGCCAGAUUGCCAUAAUCACAAUCAACAAUAGCAAAAAGCUAGGUGCCUUGCGCCCACAGGAUUCAUACCGCAUAUCCUGCCUCCUUCAAGACAUUGCGGCUAUGCCACAAAUAACAGUCACAGUCUUAACGGGGACAGGCCGCUUCUACAGUGCUGGUGGCGACACUUCGACCCAUCGGCCCGGGGGUAGCCCCAGCCACGAGGUCCGGAAACAAAUUCUACAAGGGUUCUUCGCUAACGAGCUUGAAGUGACCCGAGCCUUCUAUAUGCAUCCGAAAAUCCUCGUCGCCGCUCUCAACGGACCUGCCGUUGGACUGCAUGCCGGGCUCCUUGGCUUCGCCGAUUUUAUCUACGCAACACCCCACACUUUUCUCCUGGCGCCGUUCUCUAGUCUAGGCCUGGUCGCCGAGGGCGGCUCAAGCAUCUCAUUCGUACAGCGCUUGGGCCUCCCUUUAGCCACCGAGGUCCUCCUCACAUCUCGGAAAAUUCCUAGUGAGAGACUCCUCAAGUCUGGAUUCAUCACCAAGAUUUUCAGUGGCAAGGACGAACACGACUCUGAUGGGUUCUUGCAACAAGUGCUAGGCGAGGUGGAAGAUAAGCUUAUCGGGGACCAUUUGAACCAGGAGAGCUUGCUGAAGAUUAAGCAGUUGAUCCAGCGACCUUUCAUUGACGCUUGGGAGGCUCAGGGCCUUAGGGAAGCCGUAGAGGGAAUGCAAAGGUUGAUUGACGGAGCACCACAGAUUGAGUUCAAGAGGAUCGCGAGUGGGGCGAAGAGACAUAAGUUAUGA